UUGUCGCUGUUGGUGUUUGUGCGGCGUGGCUUUGUGGGACCGGGACCUUAAAGAUAGCCACAAUGGCUGAAAAUGGUGAUAAUGAAAAAAUGGCUGCUCUCAAGGCCAAAAUCUGUCAUCAAAUUGAGUAUUAUUUUGGUGACUUCAAUUUGCCACGAGACAAAUUUUUAAAGGAACAGAUCAAACUGGAUGAAGGCUGGGUGCCUUUGGAGAUAAUGAUAAAAUUCAAUAGGUUAAACGGUCUAACAACAGACUUUAAUGUAAUAGUGGAAGCACUGAGCAAAUCAAAGGCUGAACUCAUGGAAAUAAGUGAAGAUAAAACUAAAAUCAGAAGAUCUCCAAGCAAACCCCUCCCUAAAGUGACAGAUGAAUAUAAGAAUGAUGUAAAAAACAGAUCUGUUUAUAUUAAAGGCUUCCCAACUGAUGCAACCCUUGAUGACAUAAAAGAAUGGUUAGAAGAUAAAGGUCAAGUACUAAAUAUUCAGAUGAGAAGAACAUUACACAAAGCAUUUAAGGGAUCAAUAUUUGCUGUGUUUGAUAGUAUUGAAUCUGCUAAGAAAUUUGUUGACACCCCUGGCCAGAAGUAUAAAGAUACAGACCUGCUAAUACUU